AUGUCCCUUCACCUCUGCAACCCCACCACCUUCUUCUCCCUCCCCCUCCCCAUCUCCGCCUCCCUCCUCUCCCUUACCACCACCCCGGUAACCAACUACUCUGCCUCCGUCCCAGCCAUCUACCGCCUCACCGCCCCCGCAAUCGCCUACACCAACCUCUCCUUCUGCAACAUCACCCUAACCUACACCCACCCAGGCCAAAACGACAGCAUCAUCAUCGAAACCUGGCUGCCCGCCGCCUCAUCAUCAUCCAACCUCACCACCAACCCCACCAACCCCUGGAACUCCCGCCUCCUAGCCGUAGGAGGAGGCGGCUACCAAGCCGGCCGCUUCGACCUCUCCUACGCCGGCAUGCAAGGCGGCCUAGGAGAAGGCUACGCAACCAUCACCACCGACGCCGGCCUCGGGUCCGACACCACCGCCCGUCGGUGGGCGCUGCUAAGCGAGGGAAAUGUGAACUUGUAUAACCUCCUCAAUCUGGGGAGCGCAAGUCUUGGCGAUAUGGGCUUGAUAGGUAAAGAAAUCAUCAAGGCUUUUUACGGAAAGGGGCCGGAAUACAGCUACUUCAAUGGGUGUUCCCAGGGCGGGAGGCAAGGGAUGGUACUUGCGCAGAGGUUUCCGGGCUUGUUUGACGGGAUUGUUGCCGGGGCGCCGGCGGUGUAUUGGAGUGAGGCGAUGGGCGGGUUUCAGUGGCCGCAGGUGGUGAUGAAUGAGGGGGGGGAGUGGCCGUUCGGUUGUGAGGUUGAUGCUAUUGGGGAGGAGGCCACGAAGCAGUGUGAUGGGUUGGAUGGGGUGGUGGAUGGGAUUGUGCAAGAGGUGGAGGGGUGUUUGGGGGUGUUUGAUCCGUUUGGGAUGGUGGGGAGGGAGGUUGAGUGUGCUCAGUUGGGAGGGAGGGUGAUCACGAUCACGGAGGCGGCGGCGGCGGUGGUGAACAAGACUUGGCAUGGGAGGGAGAGGGUGGAUGGGAGGAAGGUGUGGUAUGGGCUUGUGCCGGGGAGUGAUUUGACUGUGAACGGGUCUGGGAUUGUGGCGACGAAUUGUACCGAGGAGAGGUGUGUUGGAAGGGCAAACCCGCUUGGGAAGGACUGGUUUGAGUUGUUUGUUGAGAAGAGCUCGACGGCGGAUGUUUCCAACAUGACUCACAGGGAGCUGGAUCGCUAUGUGAAAGCCACCAAACAGGACUUUGGUUCUUUGCUCGAAACAGACGACACAGACUUGGCUGAGUUCAAGAGACAAGGCGGCAAGUUGAUCAGCUGGCAUGGGCUGAUCGAUCAGCUUUUGUCCCCCAAGGCCACCGAGCGGUAUUAUCAGGAUGUGUCUGCUAUUGUGUCGGAGACACAGGAGUUCUACCGACAUUACGAAGUCCCUGGUCUUGAGCAUUGCUUUGGCGGCCCGAGUGGAAACCCCCUCGAGCUGUUGGGACAACUGCGGGCUUGGGUCGAGCAGGGCAUUGCUCCUGAGGCUUCGCCCGUGAAUGUGACUAGGUUGGAUGGCACGACUGAGGCUAGGGUAGUGUGCCCGUAUCCUCAAAAGGCCAAAUUCGAUGCGUCUUGCACAGGAGGGGCGUGUUGGACCUGUGAGGAUGCGAUCCGCCCUCCGCAUUAG